AUGGAAACUCUCUUCACUUCAGUUUACGUCACCAACCUGCCGGAGUCUAAGCCAUCUCUUCCUUCUUCCUCGUCGUCUCCUUCUCCUUCCUCUCCGUCUUCUUGUCGGCUGUGCAAUUCUCUGACCAAGCGAAUCGCCGAACUCAGGUUCAGCCAUGGAUCGGGUCAUGGGCUUCGUCUGCGGGCCCUUUUACAUGGCGAGACUCCAAGCGAAGGAGAUGAUAAUUUGGCGGGGAGUAAUGGGUUUGGCUUGUUUUUCGGCGAUAUUCUCUCUUUAUCUCACGAAACGUUAAAGGGCGAUCAAAGUGGUGAAAAUGAUGCAGAGACAUCUCUUUUGCUUCCUCAUGGAGUUGGGAAUACAGGUGGAACUCGAGCCGGACUUUUCAGAACACCGAUUUCUGGUGGCGUUCAGAGUGCAACCUCUGCUCAUGGGUUACCUCGACCAGCUUUAGCUGUCCGGAAUUUGAUGGAGCAGGCCAGGUUUGCUCAUCUUUGCACUGUGAUGUCUAAGAUGCACCACCGCAGAGAAGGGUACCCGUUCGGAUCUUUGGUUGAUUUUGCACCUGAUCGGAUGGGGCAUCCGAUAUUUUCGUUUUCACCAUUGGCUAUACACACACGGAAUCUCUUGGCUGAACCUAGGUGCACUCUUGUUGUUCAGGUACCUGGAUGGAGUGGCUUAUCAAAUGCAAGAGUAACACUCUUUGGUGAUGUGUACCCUUUGCAAGAAGAUCAACAGGAGUGGGCUCAUAAGCAGUAUAUUGCAAAGCAUCAACAAGGGCCUUCCCAGCAGUGGGGAAACUUCCACUAUUUCAGGAUGCAGAACAUAAGCGAUAUCUAUUUCAUUGGAGGUUUUGGCACCAUUGCUUGGGUCAAUGUCAAAGAAUAUGAGGGUCUUCAGCCAGAUAAGAUAGCUGUUGAUGGAGGCGAGCAAAAUCUCAAGGAACUGAAUGCUAUCUUCUCAAAACCGCUAAGAGAGCUCUUGUCUACUGAAAGUGAGGUAGAUGAUGCUGCUCUCAUUUCCAUAGACAGCAAAGGAAUCGAUAUACGGGUUCGUCAAGGUGCCCAGUUUAACAUACAACGGCUACCUUUUGAUGAAGGCUGUGGGGUUGAAACAGUAGAAGAAGCAAAAUCUGCUCUGUGGAAAGUGAUAAAGAAGGGAAAGGUUCACAAUUUGCAGAAAUGACAUGACAGACUUCAGAAGCCUUUUCAAGGGGAUUUCGAUCCAUGGGGUAAUGUGUAUUUUUAAUGGCAUCUCCUAGAUAACUCUUCUGAUGGAUAAGCUCCACUGCAUAUUCCCUUGUUCGGGCCGUCUUGACAUAAGACGUGUUGUUUAACUUGUUAGCUCGGAAUCCUAAAGAGGAAAGUGCCUUUCCCUCGAGUUGUUUAACAUUAACGACCCCAAUGAUUUUAUCCACUGAAGGGGUAUCCAUAGAAUUGGUCCAGCAGAAAAUUUUCCCAUUCA